AUGGCGUCGCCGCAGUUGGCGGAGCGGGAGUCGCGUCUAGAGUUCCGUAGCUUCAGAGUUCACACAUCCUGUUUUUUCAUGAAAGGCGUCCCCAUGAGCGACUCCCAGCACACCACUAACUGGCCGGAUCUUGCGGUCGGGCUGUUCGAUCGUCUCACCGGCCGGCAGGCCGAGAUCAACUAUCAGUUCGCGGACAUGCACCUCAGUGUUCCGUCGGGCGUGGGGCCCGAGGCGAAGCACGCCGAGUGGGUGCUCAACGGCAGCAUCAGCGUGUCCACGAGCGACGGGCCGCGUCGUUUGCCUCCGCCGCGGCUGCUGUUGUCGCUUCUUCGCAGCCGCGCAUUGCUGCGGGUGCUCCCGCCCGGUGCGUCUGUGGGCGUGGAGUUCGGCGGGGAGUCGGUGUGGGACUACCCCCGUCCGCCGGCGAUCGAGCGGUGCGGACGCCGCAUCCGGAUAGUCUUCGCAGGCGUGACGAUUGUCGACACGUGCGAGUCGCACCGCGUGCUCGAGACCAGUCAUCCGCCGGUCUUCUACGUCCCACUGUCGCCGCAACUCGCCGAGCACCUUACGCCGGCGGGCGGCGGCUCGUUCUGCGAGUGGAAGGGCGGUGCGUCGUACUUCGACCUUCGGGUCGGCCAGCAGGUGGCCGAACAGGCGGCCUGGGGCUACCCACGCCCUUCGCAGCGAUUCGCUGCGAUAGCAGGCUGCGUCGCGUUCUACCCAGGCCGGGUGGACGCCUGCUAUGUCGACGACCAGCUCGUCACCCCGCAGCCGGGCGGUUUCUACGGCGGGUGGAUCACCGAUGACAUUGUCGGACCGUUCAAGGGCGGGCCGGGGUCGAUGGGCUGGUGA